GGGGAGACCAUCCAGGGCCUGAGGAGCAGCUUGCUGGCCGCCAUCGACACCCUCUCCCGGGUGGACUCCUCGGUGGCCGUCUCCUCCGGAGGGGAGCUCUUCCUGCGCUUCAUCAGCCUCACCUCCCUGGAGUACUCGGACUACUCCAAGUGCAAAGAAAUCAUGAUCGAGCGCGGGGAGAUCUUCCUCAGGAAGGUGUCUCUCUCUCGGAACAAAAUCGCCAGGCUGUGUCAUCCUUUCAUCAGGGAUGGUGCCCGAAUAUUGACACAUGCCUACUCAAGAGUGGUCCUCAGAGUGCUAGAAGCAGCUGUGGAGUCAAAGAAGCGAUUCAGUGUUUAUGUUACUGAAUCACAGCCAGAUCAAGCAGGGCAAAAAAUGGCAAAAGCCCUGAGAAAGCUGAACAUUCCUGUGACUGUGAUUUUGGAUGCUGCGGUUGGCUACAUUAUGGAGAAAGUGGACCUGGUGUUAGUUGGUGCUGAAGGUGUAGUUGAAAGCGGAGGCAUUAUUAACAAGAUUGGCACGAAUCAAAUCGCCGUGUGCGCCAAAGCUCAGAACAAGCCAUUUUACGUGGUAGCAGAAAGUUUCAAGUUUGUAAGACUCUUCCCUCUAAAUCAGCAGGACGUCCCAGAUAAAUUUAAGUACAAAGCAGACACUCUGAAAACAAGUCAGAAUCUAACAGAGGAGCAUCCCUGGAUCGACUACACGUCACCGUCUCUCAUUACGCUACUGUUUACAGACCUCGGUGUGUUAACUCCGUCAGCUGUCAGUGAUGAACUCAUUAAACUCUAUCUGUAAGAGAGGACUCGGUGUACAGGACGUGUCUUCUUCAGAGACCAUCACAGUUGUAAAAAUUUGGAAGAUGAUACAAGUUUUAUGGACACAGUUUAGGAAGUGACAUUAAAAGGAUUAAUGUAAU